UACAAGUCCAAGCAUCAGUUGGGAGAAACUGGGCUCUGAACACCAGGAUAACUGGAACAUUUCCACAUCCAAGGGACAAUCAAUGCUGACCAUUCCAAACAUCACUUCCAGAGAACAUGGCACCUAUGUAUGCAUUAUAGAAAAUGAAAUUAACAGAACAGAACUAUAUGGGUUUUUCACAGUGUUAUAUGGUCCCCAAAACAUGCAAUUGUAUCCCACUGAAUCAAAAGUAAAAGAGGGUGAUAUGCUGACUUUGUCAUGCAUGGGGGAGUCUAAUCCAAGUCCAAUAAUCAGCUGGAAGAAACUGGGUUCUGACCACCAGGAUAACUGGAAUAUUUCCACAUCCAAUGGACAAUCAGUGCUGUCCAUUCCAAACAUCACUUCCAGAGAAAGUGGCACCUAUGUAUGCAUUAUAGAAAAUGAAAUAAACAGAACAGAACUAAAUGGAUUAGUCACAGUGUUGUAUGGUCCCCAAAACAUGCAUUUGGAUCCCACUGAUUCAAAAGUAAAAGAGGGUGAUAUGCUGACUUUGUCAUGCAUGGGAGAAUCUAAUCCAAGUCCAAUCAUCAGCUGGAAGAAACUGGGUUCUGACCACCAGGAUAACUGGAAUAUUUCCACAUCCAAUGGACAAUCAGUGCUGUCCAUUCUAAACAUCACGUCCAGAGAACGUGGCACCUAUAUAUGCAUUAUAGAAAAUGAAAUAAACAGAACAGAACUAUAUGGAUUAGUCACAGUGUUAUAUGGUCCCCAAAACAUGCAUUUGGAUCCCACUGAAUCAAAAGUAAAAGAGGGUGAUAUGCUGACUUUGUCAUGCAUGGGAGAAUCUAAUCCAAGUCCAAUCAUCAGCUGGAAGAAACUGGGUUCUGACCACCAGGAAAACUGGAAUAUUUCCUCAUCCAAUGGACAAUCAGUGCUGUCCAUUCUAAACAUCACUUCCAGAGAAAGUGGCACCUAUAUAUGCAUUAUAGAAAAUGAAAUAAACAGAACAGAACUAUAUGGAUUAGUCACAGUGUUAUAUGGUCCCCAAAACAUGCAAUUGUAUCCCACUGAAUCAAAAGUAAAAGAGGGUGAUAUGCUGACUUUGUCAUGCAUGGGGGAGUCUAAUCCAAGUCCAGUCAUCAGCUGGAGGAAACUGGGUUCUGACCACCAGGAUAACUGGAAUAUUUCCACAGCCAAUGGACAAUCAGUGCUGUCCAUUCCAAACAUCACUUCCAGAGAAAGUGGCACCUAUAUAUGCAUUAUAGAAAAUGAAAUAAACAGAACAGAACUAUAUGGAUUAGUCACAGUGUUGUGUAAGUAA